CGUAAAACCAACAGAACAACUCCAUUGAAGGCCUAGGAAGGUCGCAAACGGUUUGAAAUGCUCGGUGAGAUAUGCGACAAUAACACACGGUCCAUAGUUAUCGAGAACUACAUCGAGGGCUAUGAUGUUCACCAACUCAGUGAGAUCAUCAACCGAUCGGUACGAACCAUUUACAGGAUUGUCAAGAGAUUCGAGGAGGAAGGCACCCAUGAGCGCCUCCCUACCACCCACUGUGGUAGGACGCCUCAGAUUGACUCCCGCAUAGGCAUGCAUAUCAAGGCCCUGUAUGAUCUGAACCCUACCCUAUACCAGGAUGAUUGCGCAGAGUUUAUGAACCAGGAAUUUGCCACUUCACUAUCGAAGUACCAUCAGAACGGAACGGCAGUUUACGUGCGCAACACGCCAUAUCAAUGGUUGAAUACAGUCAAGAACAACUGGUCUUUCUCGAUGAGUCUGCUGUCGAUGAGAGGACUGCUACCCGGAAAUUUGAAUAUGCGCCAGUCGGUACUAGGGCGAUUGAGGAGAGACCGUUUGCUCGAACCAAACGUUGGAGCGUAUUGCCUGGACUUACCUCGACAGGGCUGCAUGCUUUAUCGGUCGUUCAGGGAUCCUUCAAUACUGAUCGAUUUGUCGAAUUCGUCGAACAUGAACUGCUACCAAUUCUCAACCCCUACCCUGGUCCGAACAGCGUGGUUGUCCUUGACAACUGCCGUAUCCAUCAUGACGAAAGGGUAUAUGAACUCAUUGUUCAGCGCGCUGGAUGUCGAAUCCAUUUUUUGCCGCCUUACUCACCAGACCUCAAUCCAAUCGAGCUCUGCUUCAGUAUGAUGAAGGCCUGGAUGAAGCGCAACAAUAAGCAUGAGUUAGUUCGAUCAGAC